GUGUGCGGGGCUGAGAGCGGCUCCAGUCUCCUCCCGGCCGGACGGAUCCACAGGACUCCUGCUCGAACUCCGACAAAAUGACGCAUUUUAACAAGGGACCCGCGUACGGCCUGUCCGCGGAGGUCCGCAGCAAGAUCGCUCAGAAGUACGACUCCCAGAAGGAGGAGGAGCUGCGCUUCUGGAUCGAGGAGCUGACCGGGAUGCCCAUCGGGGACAACUUCCAGAAGGGCCUGAAGGACGGAGUCAUCCUCUGCGAGCUCAUCAAUAAGCUGCAGCCCGGCUCGGUGAAGAAGAUCAACCUGUCGCAGCUCAACUGGCACAAGCUGGAGAACCUGGGGAACUUCAUCAAGGCCAUCCUGUCGUACGGCCUGAAGCCCAACGACAUCUUUGAGGCCAACGACCUGUUUGAGAACGGGAACAUGACCCAGGUCCAGACCACGCUGCUGGCUCUGGCCAGCAUGGCCAAGACCAAAGGCAUGGACACCAAGAUCGACAUCGGAGUGAAGUACGCCGACAAACAGGCUCGGCAUUUUGACGACGAGAAGAUCAAGGCGGGCCAGUGCGUCAUCGGACUGCAGAUGGGGACCAACAAGUGUGCGAGCCAGGCUGGGAUGACUGCGUACGGGACCAGGAGACACCUGUACGACCCCAAGACCCAGACGGAUAAGCCCUACGACCAGACCACCAUCAGUCUGCAGAUGGGAACCAACAAAGGAGCCAGCCAGGCGGGCAUGUCGGCUCCCGGGACCCGCAGAGACAUCUUUGAUCAGAAGGUGGCGCUGCAGCCGGCGGACAACUCCACAAUCUCCCUCCAGAUGGGCACCAACAAGGUGGCGUCCCAGAGAGGCAUGAGCGUGUACGGGCUGGGCCGGCAGGUCUACGACCCCAAGUACUGCGCCCCGCCCACCGAGCCCGUCGUCCACGCCAACGGCAGCCAGGGCACCGGCACCAACGGCUCCGAGAUCAGCGACAGUGACUAUCAGGCCGAGUUCCAGGACGAGGAGUACCACGGGGGCUACCACGAGGACUACAGCCCCCACUACAACACCCACAACAUCGACUACUAGCACAGCGCCCCCUGCAGAGCAGUAUUAACAAAUGUAUUUUAUCAACCACACAACAGAGCAAGUCUUUUGCUUUCCUCAGUCUUUUUUCUCUCAAUGCAUCAAACUCAGUUUGCCUCAAAGUUCUUCCUUUCUCCAGCUUCACCAGAGCAGAGGUCUGCAGCCUGCAGCUGUGUAGCCACAUAUCUGCUCUAUAGUGACUCUACAGCUGCUCUAUAGUGCCUCUACAGCUGCUCUAUAGUGACUCUACAGCUGCUCUAUAGUGGCUCUA